AUGGAUGACGAAACUUACGUCAAACAGGAUUCAAAAGCACUUCUAGGGCCGAAAUUCUACACGAAAUCGGCGGACGAGGUGGUGGACGAUACCGACAGUACGAUUGUGCUGGAAAAGUUUGGACAGAACGUUGCGGUAAUAGUACAGCAACAGCAGCACACAACUAAUAACUCGCUUUCGUCUUUGUUUCAUAUUACAGGAUGUUGUGUGAUAGGAAGCAUAUUAGCGGAGAAGAAUGUUACCAGUGAGGUAAUCGGCAAGGAGAAACGUCAAACCGAUCAUGAAACACGAACAUUGCCUCAGGCAGCAAGUCGACGGCAACAGCAACAGCAACAGCAACACCAUCAGCCAGGUGGCUACUUUCCAGAUCCUGAGGCAGCAGCCCAUUUCUAUGCCCAGCAGUCCGGGGGUCAAUUGGUCUUCAGGCCAUACCAGCAGAAAGGCGGCCAAGAACAAGAACUACCUCCGGAAUACAUCAGUUUGCUCCAACAAUUAGCCGAGCAACAGAAACACGUAGCACCUAGUAAGCACUCAAAACACCCAUCCUACGAUGCUCAAAACGCCCAAGCCGAACAGUACUAUCAGCUUCAACAGUCACGUCAACACCAUCAACAGCAGCAGCAGCAGCAACAACAACAACAACAGCAGCAGCAGCAGCAGUCACAGCAACACCAGCACCAGCAGCCCCAACCUCAUCAUCAUCAAUCACAACAGCAUAAUCAGAUUCAGUACAUCACGGAGGAAGAGUAUGCACAAAUUCUGAAACAAGCCCAAGCCCACAAUCACGCGGCUGCUCAGCAACAGUACUCACGGCCAGCCGGAAAGCAAGAUUUACCAAAAUAUCGACCAUCGAUUCAAUUGUUAGAAACUGGCCAAGAGCACGUACAAGCCUACUCUCAACCUGACCCUGAGCAGUUCCGUGUGCAGUAUAAAAGCAUCCAUUCAGCUGGAUCUGUCACGCCAGUGUCAAAACCAAUUAGCUCCUUCUCGUUCGAGAAGGAACUUGCUAAAUUGGUUGAAUCCAAUCGUCCACUCGCUUACCACCCAGCAAAUGCUCCAUACAGACAGAGCGAUCGUGGACCUAAUGAAAAUCCUCGUUACGUGGCUAAUUCUCAGCCGCAGGAGUACUCUUAUGUUCCAACCAGUGGCCACGAGCAUGCUCCUAAACAGUCAAUCAAGGCUCAAUACAUAGCACCUUUCGCGCAGGGCCCCAAGCUGAAUCCAGCACACUUACAAGUUGGGCCUCACAAGUUCACAGAGUCCCCCGCUCAGAAGUACCAAUUAAUCGCCCAAGAGCCCCAAAUUAAGCCGCAUGGUCAUCAACAAUAUUUUGCUGAGGUUUCCCCAAAAUAUGCAGCCCAAACAGCUGAAAAGCCACAGCCUGGAUCACCUUCUCCUAAAAUUCAAUAUUAUGUUCCCAAAGAAAAGAAUCUUCAAAUCUUUUACACUCAACAAGCACAGGAGAAACAGCCGAUUGAACAACACACAUCUCAACAUCCUAUGAAAUUGGUAGAGCCACCUCAGUUGCAGCAUGAAAAACCACAAAAACAAGCUCAAAGCCACCGACCUAAGGCUCAGUAUGUUUCGAGGGAUAAGCAAGUUGAACAAACUCAACAAUCAGUUCAAAAACCCAAAGAGGCUGAGCCGCCAUCACGAUCAGCCAUUUACGUAUCCCAACAGACUGGAUUAUCGCCAGCACAACCCACAGCACAACAGCAUCCGAGCUCGGAAAAGCAGCAGCACAAAAUACCUCCGAAAAUCGAUCGGCCACUAACACAGGAGGAGUUCCAAGCCUUGGUAGAUGCCGGUUAUUCGGUGGUACCGGUACCAGUUCCGGUUCCCGUGCCUGUACCACAGUAUCAUCACUCACAGCAGCAUCAAGGCGCGUCGCCUUCAGCUUCUUCAGCGCGGCAUGGCCCUGUUGCACAAGCCAGUCGUUACCACCAGCAACAGGUAGCAGCUGAAAAUAAUCCAAGUCAAGUCAUCACUUAUUUACGUCCACUUCACAUCGAUCCGUUUUCUGCCGGUAUUAGGGGUCCCAACAAAGCUGCCCCCUGAAUAUGGUGAUAGCAAACUGUACAGCGUUUAGUGUUUUAGUAGAUAAGAAACUUGAUGGUAGUAAACAGAUAUUUUGUCCAAACUAUUUGCCACGAAAUAAGAGUAAUUAUGAAAUGAUUCGUAAUUUGUUGAGUCACGAUAGAGUUGUUAUAUGUACUUUAUUUAUAAAGUUUCCAGUAUGCACAACAGUGUAAGUGGAAAAUUAAA